GAUAAUUAUUAUAAUUAUUUAUUUCUUUUACGUAAAUCGUGUAAUGACAAAUCGAAGGAAUCAUCACUCAGGAAUUUACUUGUGACGUUAAUAAAUUUAUAAAAAAGUUUAUAUAUGAGUGUUAAGUCUAUUUAAUGACUCAUUUGUUUUAUCGCUCUCAUUACGCGCGAAUUGCCCCAUUGUUUAUUUAAAUAAUUAUAUAUUUUGUUUAUUGUUUUACAUUUCAUUGUUAUGAUGUCAAACGUUGGUAAUUUGGAGCAACAAAUUGCAAGUUUGCAAAUUGAUAAUGGAAAUAAUUCAAAUGAUAUUAGUACGAGUAAUAGUGGAAAUAUUGUCAAACAAGUCAAAAAAAUAGGCCCUGCUGUGCCGCCGAAACCGAAAAAAUCACAACCGCAGGUACCGCAAAGUUACACAAUAAAAUCGCCGUCAACGCCGUCAUACAGUACCGUCUUAAACAAUACGCAAUUGAAUGAAAAAAUAAAUAAUUAUUACGCCAACACGCCGUUGCCAUUCGUGCCGCCUAAUACUGAAAAGAAUUCAUACACUUCCGGAUUACCGGGAUCGCAGCCUCCGUCUUCGUCGCAGUCAUUGAUAACAACGAAUUCAACAAGACCGGAUGCUCGGAAUUAUUACAAUAAUGAAAACUUCUAUCAAAACGACCAUUUGUACAGCAACGAACUGGAAAAUUUCAAUGGCAAACGCGCUGAGGUAAACAAAAUCAACAGCAAUAUAACAGUAAAUCCUCGAUACGAAGACAAAAAUUAUUAUUUGAAUAUCGGUGGCAACAUUCCGGCACCUCAGGCGCCAGUUUUAGUUGACGAUAGAUCAACACGUGCAACACGCAAUGUUGUUUACAGUAAUGUUGAACCAGCUGUACCGAUACCCGUACCAACGCCGAUAAAUUCGAUAAAGGAGAAAGAUAUUAUUUACAGUAACAUCCAGUGGAAUAAACCGGAAAAUACUUAUUCGAAUAUAACAAAUGCUCGAGAUGAUCUGCCACCACCACCAGAGCCCACAGAAUACAUUUCCUGCGUUCCCGGGUCAUUUCCACCGCCCCCGGAAGAAUUACCACCGCCACCAAGUCCCGUGUCAUCGAGCUACAGCGAACUUCGCCGCGCUACCUACGACCCCCAUCAUCAGACAGAUUACCCCCCAGACCACCAUCACCACCACCACCACGACUACCCAAAUGACAUCUACGGACCCAGUUCCCAGUCCAGCUCAACUUACGAGUCGAUCUACGAGCCAAUAAACCCGCGGCCGCCUUCCCAGCUGUCCUGCAACUACUCCAUGUACUCCGGGUACGGGUCAGCGAGUACUCAGCCUCCAGGUAAAGUCUCUCCCGUAAAAGAAGUUGACACUCUUACAGAUUUACUAGUCCAGGGAAUGGAAGACAACCAAGACGACAGUGACAUUUACGGGAUUUGCGCUCACUGCGGGAAAAAAGUCGAAGGUGAAGGCACCGGAUGCUCGGCAAUGGACAAAGUUUUUCAUAUCGACUGUUUCUGCUGCUUUGUCUGCCGCGUUAAUUUACAGGGGAAGCCUUUUUAUUCACUCGAGGGCAAGCCCUACUGUGAGGAAGACUAUUUGAAUACUUUAGAAAAAUGUUGCGUCUGCACCCGGCCAAUUCUCGAUCGCAUUUUGCGCGCGACUGGCAAACCCUAUCAUCCAUCUUGUUUUACUUGCGUCGUCUGCGGGCAAAGUUUGGACGGGAUUCCCUUCACUGUCGACGCGACCAAUCAGAUCCACUGCAUCCAGUGCUUCCACAAAAAAUUUGCUCCCCGUUGCUGCGUCUGCAAGCUUCCGAUUAUGCCGGAGCCUGGACAGGAUGAGACCGUCAGAGUCGUGGCUCUCGACCGCAGCUUUCAUAUUCAGUGUUACAAGUGCGAGGACUGCGGGCUGCGUUUGUCAUCAGACGCCGAAGGCAGUGGCUGCUAUCCGCUUGAUGAUCAUGUUCUCUGCAAGAGCUGCAACGCAAAACGUGUACAGGCACUCACUUCUCAUAUGACUACUGAAUUAUAAAAUUAAAUCAAGGUGCCAUAUUUUUAUUCGUUUAUAUUAUUAGUUUAUAAGUUUAUAAACAUUCCAAUAGUUUAUUUUUUCAGUAUUUUUGAGAGAAAGUGCUGAAUAUUUUUUUUUAGUAUUUGUAUUUUUUAUGAUAUAUUUUAUUAUUAUUAUUUUAAAUUAAAUAAAGUAUUAGAUUUAAUUAUAAUCAAAACAAAAUUUAAGUAUCAAAAAUUACUUGUCAUAUUUAUCUGCCAAACUAUUACUCCUACGGAAAAAUUUAAUCAGUUAAAAAUUGUUGGAAAUUAAAUUUCCUCUGGAAAGAGUACCAACAAGCCCUACUUAUUCCCAACAUUUACAAAAUUAAUCAUAUUGACAACAUUUGUAAGUACCCAGUAUAUUUAUCUCUUAAACUAACACUCCUACGAAAAAAUUUAAUCAGUUGAAAAUUGUUUAAAAUUAAAUUUCCUCUGGAACGAGUACCAACAAGCCCUACUUAUUCCUAAUUUUUACCAAAUUAAUCAUAUUAAUAACAUUUAUGAGUACCCAGUACAUUUAUCUCUCAAACUAUCACUCCUUCGAAAAAAUUUAAUCAGUUAAAAAUUGUUGGAAAUUAAAUUUCCUCUGGAAAGAGUACCAACAAGCCCUACUUAUUCUUAAAAUUUACCAAAUUAAUUAUAUUAUUAACCUUUGUAAGUACCCAGUACAUUUAUCUCGUAAACUAUCACUCCUACGAAAAAAUUUAAUCAGUUGAAAAUUGUUGGAAAUUGAAUUUCCUCUAGAAAGAGUACCAACAAGCCCUACUUAUUCCAAACAUUUACAAAAUUAAUCAUAAUGAUAACAUUUGUUACUAUAAUAUGUAAGAGAUUUAGAUAAAUUUUGAAUACAAUUAUUUGGCUACAAUAAUAGUGACUGAUAAAAAUCAAGACUAAGACGAUUAUCAAAAGUGGGCUAUUGCUUACUUAUGAACAUUUUAUUACGUAGUAAUAAUUGAAUACAUUUACAUUGACAUUUAUAUUAAAUUACUUGGCUGUUAAAACGCACACAUACAUCCGUAUAAUUAUUCCAGUAAAUUAGGAUUGUUAUUAAAAUAUCUAUUGUGAUAAAUAAUAAAUAGUUAAUGGAUAUUUGUAAUCGAUAAAAAAAAAUAUAUAUAUAUGACUAUAAGAUUUGUUUUUAUGCAAUGAAUCUUUAUUGAGAUUUGUUGAUUAUUAUUAUCUUUAUGUAUGGCUUUGUAUUUAUAAUUUGAUA